AUGGCAGAUCGAGAAUUAGCUGCAAAACUUCAGCGUCGAUAUGCAGCACUAUCGCUUGAUAGCGAUGAGCAAAAACCAGAUUCAGUAAUGGUCGCUGCACCACCUCCACCACCGCCGCCACCACCACCACCGUCACUACCGUCUGCAAAUUUAAUGGCUUCAAACAACCAAUCAUCAUCGUAUUUUGAACCUGAUGAAGUUGUGGAUAUUGAUGCAUUGAUCUGUGAAACAUUGAAAGAGAAUCAAAAAGCCUAUUUGAAAAGUUUGGAUAGUCAAAACAACAACAACAGCAACAACAACAGUAAUAAAAAUAAUAGCGGUAGCAACAGUCAUCUAUAUUCACCUCAAAAGGUACCAAUUACAAAGGAGGUGAAUUCAGCUGUUGCUGCAGCUGCUGCCGUUGCCGCUGCUACCGUCGAUGCUGUCAAAGCGCAAAGUCCGUUGACGGUAUUGAUGCCAAAAAACGAUGGAUCAACGAAUGACGACGAUAGUGUUCGACGUCUAUGUGCACCGGUGAUGCGUAUUACGCAUAAUAAGACUUCAUUACGAUCAUCACGAUCCGUAGAUGAAGAUGAACGCUUACAACAGGUUAAAUUUUGAAU